GGAAGUGCGGGGCCCGGCGCCAUUACGAACAAUGGCCGUCAGAAUGGUCGUUAGUGAAUAGCUUUUAUCUCUUUCUAAUAUAAGCCACGCAGGUAGGAAUUAAUGAGACGGAGAGGGUUCCGGCGCGUCGCCCCUCGCAUAGUUGCUGUCCUGUUCACACGCACAUGCCGCGUUUCUGCCAUCUCGCGAGCGGCGCGCGGCAGCGGUAACGCGCCACGACGGGGAAUUCGGAGUCGUAGAGCCUCAUACGCGGGUCAUAAACGAUCCGCGGCCAUAGUAGAGGUGCACGCGCGAGAAUCGAUCCGAAUCGCCGGCGAUAAACGCAUCUCCCGCGAGGCGAUCGUCGCGCGCCGCGUCGCCGCCGAGCGAUGAGUUCCAAGUUCAUCAUCGAUAGCAUGCUCCCAAAGUAUCACCAGCAGUUCCAUCACCAGAAUUUGUUCGCGGGUGCUGGGGCGUCGCCGAUAGAGGCGUCGCUGUCAUCUUCGUUGUCGUCGUCGCUCUCGACGUCGCUGUCUUCGAGUCUAUCUGGCGGGCUGGGGGCAGCGGCUUUGGGAGCUGGCUCUCCAGGGGCUGGUAGCCCGCAGCGGUCAUCAUCGUCGUCUUCGGCAUCACCGGGCGCGCCGUCGAGGAUGUAUCCAUACGUGUCGCACCACCAGCAGUUCGCGGGAUCAGUGCCAUUCACGGGCGCCGGAGGUUUGUCCGCAGCGGAUGACAAGAGCUGCCGAUACCCUACCGCAGUUGGGGGAGAUCCGAUGGUGAAUUACGCAUUGGGCCAGCAUAAUGGCGGGGCGGCGGUGUCAGCGGCGUCGGCUAGUAUGGCGGCGGCAGCACAAUUCUAUCACCAAGCCGCGGCAUCUGCAGCAUCAGCAGCUUCAGCAGCCUCCGUGGACGCCAUGGGAGCGGCAUGCGCUCAACCCUCGGCCCAGCCUCUGCCAGACAUACCGCGGUACCCGUGGAUGUCCAUCACUGAUUUUCCAUUUCCAGAUUGGAUGAGCCCCUUCGACCGCGUGGUCUGCGGUGAGUUCAAUGGUCCAAAUGGUUGUCCACGAAGGCGGGGACGGCAAACUUACACGAGGUUCCAAACGCUAGAGCUAGAGAAGGAAUUCCAUUUCAACCAUUACCUGACUCGUCGGCGCAGGAUAGAGAUUGCGCACGCGCUCUGCCUCACAGAGCGACAAAUUAAGAUUUGGUUCCAGAACCGGCGCAUGAAGUUAAAGAAAGAGUUACGCGCUGUUAAAGAAAUAAACGAGCAGGCUCGCAGAGACAGAGAAGAACAAGAGAGAAUGAAACAGCAACAACAGGAGAAGCAGUCGAAGCUGGAUGGGCAGCACCACGGGCACCACGUCACCCACCACCACGACCCUAUGAAGAUGCCCAUCGAUAAAGGUUCCAACGACCUACUCAAAGUGAACAAAGUCCCUACGUAAGGUGCCUAUGACACCGCUCUUGACUGACCCUGUAUCAUAUAGUGUGAAUACAUGAACAGAAGUGUUGCGUCCAGACGGACUGUGCAGCGUUAUUCGUCUCGUAUCCUAGUUUUAUGUUUUGCGGCUGAAAGGCCUCGUUGUGGAGGCCUCAGACUCUGUUCGUAUAAUGUUCCUUUAGUGCGAAGGACUUGCCUAGGUGUUCGCUGGGUGGACAGGCUGGUGAUGUGCUUUAAGCAUUUAUUUUGUUGCCAUAACCACACCUUGUAUUGCAAUAAUAUUUUACUAAAAUUUACAAACGCGUUAGAUUCGAAUAAGGUUAUGAUGUCCGAGUGAACUUCGGUAUUGUUAGUUAAGAUUUAAAAUCUGUGAAUCUCAUAGUAUUUAUUGCUACCACUUACUCUAAUCCAUUAUGUUAUAUUUUUAUUAAUAGAUAUUAUAUUAUGUACAUUUUGAUGUAUAUUUUAUUAUUUGCCCGCUGUCAGCGGGCUGGUUAUGUUUUUUCGGUCACAUUUUUUUAUGAUUGUGAAAUUUGUUGUAUUUUAUCAGUUGAUUUCGAAAGAGUUACUUUUAUUUUCGAUCAGAUUGUGAUUCACUUCAGUAGUUUAAGUCCGCAGAUUGUUGUAUGAUUUGAGCUUUUAAUUUGAUAGAAAUAUUUAUAACCAGUGAUUGGACAUUGGUAGAGUAGUUUCAGUAAAAAAAGAAGUAUGUCUCGUAUAAAUAAUUCUGUAAAACGAAGUAUCGUCAAGUGUAGGUGAAAUUACUGUACCGAUUCUAAUCAUUGAUUAUGACAAAUAUUAAUUAUUACCUGCAUAGAUAAUUCCGUAAGAAUUUAAAGUGUAUAUUUAUAACAAAAUACGUAUGGAAGUACAAUUGCAAAUAAGUCUUCGUCAUCGAGCGUUGUGUUUUAUACUUUCUGUUUAUCAGAAUGAUUAAGAUAUUAGACGGUAUUUUUUGAUAAUUCUAACUAAUACCAUGUCCAUUAAAUCGAAAUAGAUCGAGAACAAAAUGAAUAUAAAAGGAAGGGAACAUGCAAACGUUGCAGUGUCCACGAUUUCCGAGUCAUCUGAUGUUCAAAAUUAUAUACGUAACAAUGAUACAUAUAAUAAAUUACAAUAAUGUGACUAAAUAUAAAUUUUACACGUAAUAUUAAAGUUGAGUAGUGUAAGUGUAUUAUAUAUAAUUAAAUAGGUUCGACUUUGUAUGAAGUAUUUGCUAAGAAUAAUGGGUAGAUAUUUUCCCCAGUGGUUGACGAGACAUUCGUCGUUGAGUCAUAUUUCCAGUUCCAAAACAGCUUAUACUUAACCUUGUUUGUAUAAAAACAAACUGCUUUCCUUAAAGUCGGCGCUUGUGUUUUUUUUACGUUUUUCAUGUACACAUAUAAAUUUGCCGGAUGAGCGAGUACCCAUACAGAGCUUUACGAAUAGGCUAUAAUACGGAGUUUUCCUAAAAAAAAAGGAAUAAGCGCUCUAUUGAAACAUAAAAAUCUCAUACUUUGCAUAUACAAGCCCGUUAUCCUACUUGCUUUCAGUGCUACAUUGUGCCAAAAUAUACUAGUUUCUAUACACCACUACAUUUCUAACGCGUCCAAUUGUUUUUGUUUUUUACUCAAAUACGUAAUAUCUGAACAAAAAUUAGAAAUAAAUUAGUGUUGAUAGUCACCAUUAUACGUAAAUUAAUGUCAGGGUAGAAUUAAAAAAAUAAAUAGAUAUCUGUAUUAAAAUUGGAAUCUUCGCUUAAUUUUGAUAAAUCUCCUCUCGAUAUCUGUCCACUGUGUUAUUCGUAAAUAGUUUCAAUGUCGUGAUAUCAUUAGAGAAAUUUUAAGUCGAUAGAUUAAGAUAAACCACACAAUCAUCGCACGACUUAUAUUUUUCUUUAAAAUACCUGAAAAUUCGAAUAAUGAAUUUAUACACAAAACCGAAAAGAAAAUUUCUGUAUUCAAUGAGCUCGAUGCAAAAUUAUCGGUGAUGAAAAAGUGAAACAAAAACAUAAUUUAUUAAAUAUUGUCAUAAAGUAAAUACCUAAUUUAUUAAAAACUCAUUGGCCGCAUUUGUUGACUACUUAACUUUCAUGUCUUUGUUAGUAACAUACAGAAUAAGGUUGUCAUUAGUAUUAAAUUUCCCCAUCUUACUUUAACUAUAAAUCGAGAAUUAUCGAACAAAAUGUACUUAAGUAACUUUGGUAUAAGUAGGCUUUAUAAAUUAUAAUGCAUAGUUAUUAAUCGUAGACACUUGUAAUAAAUUUUAAGCGUAAUCCGAUAAUUAGUAUUGAAUUGAAUUAAACGCUUAAAGAUUUAGUAUGUUUGUAAUUGGUAAAUAAUUUGAAUUUUUGAACAAAGAGGGACGUGUUUACACAAUGUUGAAUUUGAACUCAAAAUUAACAGAAUUUGUGUAUACGAAUUGAAUUGUUUUUUUUUUUCAUACGAUCCGUUGUUUUUCAACUUGACAUCUUGUUUUAUGGGACUGUGCAAAUUAGAAACCGUUUUAAAGUAUUAAAUUGGUAGUUUCCUCCUAAUCGGCUGUUAAGUUUCGUUCCAACUAUAGGCAAAGCUUGUAACAUAGUAAUGAUACUCGUACAUGUUCGUCCAUGAUUUACUGCAGGUUUUCUUUAUUGUUUCUUACUCGUAAAGUUGUAAUUCAGAGAAACAAUGAGCAAUUUGUUAAAUAGAUUAUAUACGACCUCCAUCCGUAAUGCUGUCUUGCCAUAUUGCUAAUAUUUUUGUAGUAGAGUCUGUAGCUACCUAUACUGUAACCUUACUGAAUAUAUGUAAAUGAAUGGCGUAUCUUUGCUAUGCAAGUGACUUGGUACUGCGGUAAAUAUAUUUCGUUCUAGAAUCUUGUACGUGCAUGCAACAUCGACUACUUAUAUCGAUGUUGUCUAUCGUAACACAAAUUUGCGGGUCAUUGGGUAUAAUAUGAUUUUAGUAUUUUUUUAUAUAUUAUUUUAUUUAUAUAUGAUUAUAUUUUUUGUUAUUUUGGAUAUUAUAAAAUCGAUUGUCCUCGAUGCUUUGCAUAGCAAAGCGUCUUUUUUUAACUUCGAGUUAAAAAAAACUUUUUUCUAAUUUCAGAACUUACGUUAUACAUGUUCAGUUUCGUUUAUAUUAAGUUUUAAAUGUUGCGUUAUUAACGUUGCGUUCAUUUCGAUGUUAACAAGACUUCCCUUAUUAGUUAAACGAUCAAUUUUAUCUUAACAUAAAUGUAGCUAUGUAUGUAUGUACCUAUAUCUAUAUUUUUGAAAAUAGUUAUUAAAUCGUCUUAAAAUUAAGUGUACAUAGUUGUGAAUGUUUAUGUGGCGCAUUAUUUUUUUGUUUAUAUUUCUUUUUGUUUAUGUUAUGUAUUUAUGUAUUGAGAUUUGUGUUUAAAUACUUGGCCAUAAUGCCUGCGUAUAGUAGAAAAAAAACAGUUCAUAAAAAAUUAAAGUUGUAAUAAACAUGCUGUAUUAAAGCUACUCAAUUACUUAUACACCCUGUGUGGGCAGUAAUUUCAUGGAUCUUUCUAAGUAUUCUGUAGAAAAUUGUCCAUGAUUGAUAAGUGCAAUCAAGAAAAAGUUAUAACUUCAGUUUUAUACGGAUCACAUCCAGCGUCCUAACUGCAGCGACUAAGCACUGUACGACGCGAUGCUCGUAUGAUACAUCGUGUCACGCUGCGUCGCGCUGCUUACUGGCAAUUGUAGCUCAGCUAGGACGACGGGUUACGUCUGGCAUUUAUGGUCAAGUGUGAUCUAUGGUACGAUUCAACGUGACUGUGUCGUGGUAUAUAAGCAAAUAGUUGGGUGAUUGUAUGAAGCCCGCAUUGAAUAUUGUAAUAUUAAUUUCAAAAAUUCAAGAGAAAUAAAGAGUUAAUAAAAUAAUGUC